AUGAACCAUCAGAUAGAUAUGGGAGCCUAUGGGGAGAAUUCCAGUGUGCAAAACAGUGGCAAUUAUAUUACUAUAAUUCCCGUUGAUUAUUCACGUCGCGGUUAUCCUUUACAAGCCGAAUAUCAAUACAAUGAAUUUAGAUCCCGCGAAGAAUACUAUAGCGUCCAAAGUCAGAAGCUUCAAGCUGAGGUGAACGCGCAUCUGUACUCUGUGUCGCAGCGCCUCCCACAUUUGUCGUACAGCCCGUUAGGACGUCAUAAUGAAUGGGACAAACAUGAUCCCCACAAACCCCUACAGCCGGACUCCAAAGAGAGUAACAGUUCAGAUUCCCUGGAGAAAAGUGUUAUGGGUUCUAAUCUUAGCAGUUGCUCCAAUCAAACCGGAUCGAGCAGUAUAGUUGCUGGAUCUUUUAGUACGACAGAACCAAUCACAAGUGGUGGUAGCUCUUCUAGCGCUAUAUCACCACCACUACCAGGGUCUUCUGGCAGCACAGCUUCAUCUUCGACAGUCUCGUCAAGUCCAGUAACAUGUGUGUAUUUAAUGUCUCGCACCGCAAUAAUGGUCGAGAUGAGUUCAGAGGAAGUCCCUGCGAAUGUUACUGCGGCCAGGUUUUUGAACGCAGUGUUAGCAGCUGAGGAUAUGGGGCUGGUACAGCCAAACACUAGGAGCCUGGCCGCCAACGUAUUCGCGUUGUGGAUGUGUAGCCCACUGUUAGAAAUCCAGCUGAAACCCCAUCACUGCCCGUGGCGCAUCUGGGCGAGCUGGCAGAAGUUGUUACAGCGUUACGGACACGGUUCAGAGUCACGACGUGCCCGCGACCAGCCCAUCUUGCGUCUACAGAGGAAUGUCUUCUUCCCGAAGCACCUGGAAGAAGGGAUUAAGGAUUCCAGAAUUCAAGAGUUACUUUACGAAGAGGCGCGAUACAACGUGGUAAAUGGGAGGUAUCCACUAGAGAGCGCUCAAGCGGUCAUGUUGGGGGGUAUCCAGGCGAGGGUGCAGCUUGGACCUUACGAUCCCCACAGGCACACGGCAAAAUUUUUCAGGGAAAACCAGGACAAGUUCCUGCCAGGGCACGCGCGGUCCGGUCGGUGGGCGAUGCUGCUGCCCGCCGGGCGCAAGGGCAGCCCCGAGGCGCGGCUGCUGGAGCAGGCGCAGCGGCCCGCCGCCGCGCCGCCGCGCAAGCUGCGCCACAAGUACCUCGCGCACACCAGGAUGUUGCCCACCUACGGUGCGGCCUUCUUCCAAGGACAGAUCGAGCAGCCAGUACGAAGUCUCACCAGUCUACUUACCCACGAGGACAUCCCAGUGCUGGUCGCUAUUAACUCCAACGGGGUUUAUGUCAUCGAUGAUACGGAGAGUGUUAUACUUUUAGGUCUUCUAUAUGAAGAGUUAUCUUGGGAUAUCGGCCUGCCAUCCGAUGAUAACGAAGACUGCCUGCCAUGUAUUUUCCUGCAGUUCAUGGUUGUCGAGAAUGGUCUACGUGUUUCCAAGAUCCUGCAGGUGUUCUCGAAGCAGGCGGUCAUGAUGGAUACGUUGAUCGAGCAUUUCGCCGGCGAGUACCGCAAGCGCUUGGGGCAGGAGACUCCAAGUGAUCACGCCAAUUACGAUUACCAUUCAGGUACAUAUACAAACAAAUUAUCCCGUUUGGCACUCGCCACGCAUGAUGGAAGAGGAAAUCUUCUAGGCGGUGCUGGAGACUGGAACACGGACUUAGAUCGACCACAACCCUCCUGGAUACUACCUAAGCACUAA